AUAAACUCACGCAGUCGGGAACGGAGAUGGUGAUUCAAUGGAGAAGAUUUCCCUUGAAGGGCAGGGAAUGACAAGAAGACUAGUAUAUCUCCGAAAGGCAGGUGGUUGUCUACUCGAAUCAUGGAUUGAGCUUGGAUGAAAAAGACAUUUCUAAGCAAUCGUCAUAUCCAAGGAAUUUUCAAUCACAAAGACUGUUGAGGUUUAUAUAUCUUUAUCCCACACAAUUCCUCAUUGCUACACUCCAUCGAUUUCUUUUUAAACAAUCUCACUUUAAUACAUCAAGAAUAUAUAAAUAAAAAUAGCAAACAUGGUUCAAAACAAAGGUCUCAUUUUCAAGCAAGUUCCUCAAGGACUUCCUGUUCCAGGAAAGGACUUGGUAGUCGAGGCACGCGAAUUCGACCUCGAGCAAGCACCACCAGCUGGAGGUAUCACAACUAAGAACUUUUAUGCCUCUUUCGAUCCUUAUCAACGUGGACGCAUGAGGUCUGCAGCAUCCAAGUCUUACUCUGCAGCAUUCCCACUGGGACAAGCUAUCAACAACAACACCGUUGCCAAAGUUAUCAAAUCCGACAACCCUAAAUUUCAACCAGGAGACCUUAUCGUUGGUUUCAUCUGGACUGAAGAGUACUCUGCUGUUCCAAAACAACUUGCAGAUGGCGCAACCAAAAUCGAGAACCCACAUAACCUUGACGUAAAGCAUUUCCUUGGAGCAUUGGGCAGUAAGUUACUUCAAUCACCAUCACAACCACUGGCAUAAACAUACUAACGCCUUUUUCUCCCAGUGCCCGGAUUGACUGCCUACUCCUCUUUCUACGAAAUUGGCAAACCAGUUAAAGGCGAAACCAUCUUCAUCUCUUCCGCUUCCGGAGCCGUUGGAGCACUCGUUGGACAACUUGCCAAACACGAAGGCCUCAAGGUUAUCGGAUCUGUUGGAUCUGACGAAAAAUUAGAUUACAUCAUCAACGAAUUGAAAUUCGAUGGAGGCUUUAACUAUAAAACCGAGAAAGCAGCUGAUGCUCUCAAUCGUCUCGCACCAGAUGGUAUUGAUAUCUACUACGAGAAUGUUGGAGGAGAACAAUUAGAAGCGGCCCUCAAUGCCAUGAAAGAUUUUGGCAGAAUCGUCGCUUGUGGUAUGAUUAGCGAGUACAACAAAACUGAGGCUGAGAGAUAUCCUAUCAAGAAUUUGAUGCACAUCGUGGCAAAGAGACUCACUUUCAAAGGUUUCAUUGUUGGUGAUGCUAACAUGGGCCCAUUACACGCCAAGGCAAGAGAUGAGAAUGUUUCUAAGUGGUUGGCGGAUGGAAGCUUCAAGGCUACUUUGUCUGUUACUGAAGGUAUUGAUAACAGUGCAGAGGGGUUAAUUGGUAUGCUUCAAGGAAAGAACUUCGGAAAGGCUGUUCUUAAGAUUGCUGAUGCCGAGGUGAGUUUUAUUCAUUGAAUUGUUGUUGAAGUCCAGUGCUAACUGAUUUAUAGUAAAUAUGUAUCUUUCUGGAUAAUUACUAGAAAAUAGCUGAAAUUUUAAUAAAAAGAAAUAAUGUACCAAAAUAUAAUUCUUUGGCA